AUGAGUGAAAACACAUUGGUGAAACAAUCUAUCAGACUUAACAGCACAGUUGCCAAGUCAUCAGCUCCAAGAGCCUUGUCCAACGCCUACAUUGGUAAGUUGGAAUCCAGAUGGACCGCAUUGCCAAAGGAAGACCAAAACACAUUGAUUGAAGAAUUGAAAGCAAGAAUGGAAUUGCCAUGGCAAGAAUUGACUUCUGCCGAGAAGAAGGCUGCCUACUACAUCUCCUUUGGUGAAUGGGGUCCAAGAAGACCAUUAUACGCACCAGGUGAAAAAUCCAGGAUUUUCCAAAUUGUUGCUGGUUCAGUUGUUGGUUCAUUCCUCUUGUUCUUUGGUAUCAAGGCUGUUUCUGCUCCAUUGCCACAAAGUAUGGAGAGAGAAUGGAUGGAAGCUUCUGAUGAAUACUUGAAAUCCAAGAAUGCUAAUCCAUUCACCGGUUACUCUCAAAUUCAAUAA